AUGAAAAGGAUGAAAUCACCCACCAUUUUUCUCUUCUUCUUCUUCUUUCUCAUCUCCACUUGUGCUCUUCUUCUUGAAGCCUCCAACAAUGGCGGUGGAGGAUCCAAAGAAGUUCCCGAUAUCAAAAGAUCCGAUUUUCCACUCGGGUUUCUCUUUGGAGCAGCCACUUCUGCUUACCAAAUUGAAGGAGCCUAUCUCGAUGAUUCUAAAUCGCUCAGCAACUGGGAUGUAUUUUGUCAUUCAGUCGUAGGUUGUGGAAGAAAUGGAUCGAAUGGAGAUAUCGCUGACGAUCAUUAUCAUCGGUUUUUGAAAGACAUUGAGAUAAUGCAUUCCAUUGGUCUUAAAGCGUACAGAUUUUCGAUUUCAUGGGCUAGAGUUCUUCCAAGAGGAAGGAGUGGUGAAGUUAAUCCCGCCGGUGUCAGGUUCUACAACAUGAUAAUAGACAAUCUGAUCCUCAAAGGAAUCGAGCCGUUCGUGACGAUUUUCCAUGGCGAUUUUCCUCAGGAACUUGAAGACAAAUAUGGGUCUUGGCUCAACGCCGAAAUGACGGAAGAGUUUGCGCAUUUGGCCGAAAUUUGUUUCAAGUCGUUUGGAGACCGAGUGAAGUAUUGGGCCACGAUCAAUGAACCGAACAUCUUCACGGACUUGUCUUACCAAAGAGGCGUUUUUCCUCCUUCUCGUUGUUCCGAACCAUUCGGCAACUGUAUCCACGGAAAUUCGGAUGUCGAGCCCCUCAUUGUUAUGCACAACUUGUUACUAGCCCAUGGCAAGGCAGCCAAGCUAUAUCAUGAAAACUUUCAGCCUAAACAAGGUGGAUCGAUAGGGCUCGUGAUGCACUGUUUCAUGUACGAACCGCUAACAGACAGUGAGCUUGAUCGCAAAGCCGCCAAAAGGGCCUUGGCUUUCAAUAUUGGCUGGUCACUUGAUCCCGUAAUCUUUGGAGAAUACCCCGAAGAAAUGCGCGAAUACCUUGGAACCAAAUUACCAAGUUUCUCCAUCGAGGAAAAGAACUUCUUGAAGAACAGUACCGAUUUUAUUGGCAUCAACCAUUACACGACUAUAUAUACCAAGGAUUGUACCAACUCGGGUUGCUCCCCAACUGCGAAUCGUGCAAUUAAAGGUUUUCUAGAGAUGGUUGAAGAGCGUGAUGGUGUACCGAUCGGCGAACCGACCAAGGUCAAAGGAUUUUCGGUUGUUCCUAGAGGCAUGGGGGAGAUUGUUAACUAUAUCAAGAUUCGGUACAAUAAUACACCCAUGUUUAUUACUGAAAACGGGUAUUCUACCCCCGACGUGGACGCGAAAGGAAUCAAAGAGCUCGUGAAUGACGUCAAACGAGUUAAAUUUCACACAGCGUACCUCGCUUCUCUAGCCGAGUCUAUCAUAGGGGGAGCGGAUGUACGUGGAUAUUUUAUAUGGUCGUUGAUGGAUAAUUUCGAGUGGCUGCAAGGUUAUGACGUGAAGUUCGGGUUAUAUUACAUCGACCGUCGAACGCUAACUCGGUUGCCGAAGCUUUCUGCUAAAUGGUACGAGAAUUUUUUGAAGAACAAGAGUGAUGUUAUGAAGUUGUAG